AUUUUGAAACGAUUUUCACGUGAAAGGAAGAAUUUUUGGGUCGACUAGUAGCUGCGGAAGGGCACACAAUGGUCAGCAGGAAAAGGCGGGCAGCACAGAUUGAAAGUAGCCGUAAAGGCGUCGCCAGCAUUCGAGCUCGUUGUGAUAUGGAGGCUUCCUGUUCCAGUUCCCAAGAGAACGAGGCUUCGCGUGCAUCUACUUUGGAAAAAAUAUCACUAAAGAUGUCAGAAGAUGCAGAUCUCAAGAUAUUCAUGGAUUUCCUUGUGGAAAAGACCAAAGAUGCAUUUCAACCAAUGAUUGCAGUACAAGUAUUCAGAGAAUACCUAAAUGAAAAAAGUCAUUUGCAUGAUUAUCAUUAUAAAAGAUUUUGUUGUGAUCUUGCACCGAAUAUGAACGAAUGGAAUAACUACAGUAUUGAGGCGCGAAUUCGAUUGAUGUAUGCAUUGGGUGGAAAAGUGGAAUCGGAUUUCUUGGAGAGAAUUGAAACUCAUGGAACUGUCGAGCUGAAUAAGAAGAGAAAGAUCACCAAAUACACGUCGAAUGACGGAAUACUUUCGUUGCAAGAUAAUCGUGUACAUUUCACUAGGUUCAUGGACUUUCUUAUCCAAAAAACUAAAUAUGCAGUUGAACCAAUGAAUUUUAAUCAAGUAUUGGAAGAAUUUUGCCGACUAGAACCCGAUUGUCGUCAUUAUGGAGUCUAUUACGUCAGAUUUCAUCAUAAGCUUGCACCAAACAUGGAUGCAUUGAACAACUACAAUAUCUACGACAGAAUUCGAUUGAUGUUCGUGUUGAAUGGAAAAGUUUCGGGCGAUUUUUUCAAGACAAUAAAAACUCAUGGAACUGUCGAACUGGAUAGGAAGAAAAAAAUCACCAAAUAUGUCUCAAAUGACGGAAAGCUCAAAUUGGGAGGAAAUAUCAUUUCAGACACGAGACUCAUGGACUUCCUUAUUCAAAAAACCAGACAUUCCGUUGAACCAAUGCAAGCGACGAAUCUAAUUUUCAAGGAAUUUAGCGAACGACCAAGUCGUAUUCUUGAUAAAAUGUAUCAGUUGAGAUUUUAUCAAAAACUGGCACCAAAUAUGAAUGAAUGGAACAGAUAUAGUAUCGAGCAGCGUAUUCGAUUGAUGUUUGUAUUGAAAGGAAAAGUUGCAGACGAUUUCCUCAAGACAAUUGAAACACACGGAACUGUCGAGCUCGAUGAGAAGAGAAGAAUCAGAAAAUACACAUCGAACGACGGAAAAUUGUCUUUAAAAAAGCCUCUCACCGAUGACACUUCAUGUCCCACAAACAUCAGAUUCAUGGACUUUCUUAUUCAAAAUACCAAAGAUGGCGCUGAAUCAAUACGCCUGAUCUACAAUGAGUUUGCACUUCUCGAGGGUAACGUCCUGUCUGCGUCUACGUACAGUAGCAGAUUUUGCAAAAAACUGGCUCCAAAAAUGAGUCAAUGGAGCAACUACAGAAUCGAAGACCGCAUUCGAAUGAUGUUUGCAUUAAAAGGAAAAGUAGAAUCAGACUUUCUUGCUCAAAUGAUUCAAUCUGGCGCUGUACAGCUCGAUGAAAACUACCGAAUCGUCAGGUACACUUCGAAUAAUGGGAAAGUAGAAUUAAGUGAGAAAAGAUCGGGAGUGAAGAGAAGAAGCUCAACUAAAUCCAGCAAAACAUUAGGAAAGAGGCGUCAAGUCAUUGAGAAAGAAUUAUCUGACCUGGAUGAGCCUGAAUUUGUCGGAAUCAUGCAUGGCUAUCCGAAGCAGGAGCCUGUAUACGAGGAAAUCAUCAAUCAAGACAUGAGAUACAACAAUGAGGAUCCACACAUUCCACCAGAGAUUGAACAAUUUCCGAUUCAAGCAGUUCAUCUUGAAGAGCCGAAGUUCGAUCCGAUCAGUAGUAUGAACAUAGGUCGAGGAACACUUGCACAAAGAUUCGGAACCACUUCAAGUGAAUCUGACGGGAUCAGCGUUCACAAUUUUUUGAUUUCGCUAGAACUUAUUCUCACUUCUCUCGAAUCAGAUACUCUGAUUGAUUUGAUGAGAGAGAUUAAAGAGCUUCGAAAUCGGACAAAUGAUGAGAUUCUUCCACCUGAUCUAGUGAUUCCAGCCUUGCAGACGUGCUUUAUGGGAAUUACUCGAAAGUUUCGACCGGAAGUUUCAGCACCGAGCAAAUCAGCAGGAGAGUGUCUGAGAAUCCUCAAAUAUUCUUUGCUUUGGCUCCAAAGUCCGUUGCUUUACGAUCUACAAAAGAGAGUUCAGGAAGAAAUUGAAAAUUGCGGAGCUGAUGGAAAGGUUAUCCCAAUCGCCGACAUCCAGCAAGGUAUUCGGAACAUUCUCUUCGCCGUUUCCAUCUAGUUCAUCUGAAACUUGAUAAUUUUUUGGUUUUUCUCUUUAUUUCCUUUACAAUCUUCAAAGGUAUUUCCCUGCCAAUUCUCUGGAUGCUCUCUGUUUUUUCUCCAUUUAAACACUGGUGUUUUUAUCUAAUGUUUUACGGUUUCUACUAGGUUUUUCUCUCUAUUUCAAUGACUCCAUGCACAUUUUAUGGUUUUUUUGUUCCCCACUUGAUGCUUUAAUUUUCUUUCCACUGUUACAUGACUGGUGUUUUUAAGGUAAAUUUUUCUUCAUUU